UUUAUGUUUGGAUGCAAAUUCAUAUAACCAUUCAUCGUACGCGGGUGAGCAUAUGAACGUGACGAUGACCGAGUGUAUCAAUAGUUUAACUGAUAUGUCAUCUUAGGCUACGGAACUAAAACGAUUUUUCUUCUCGGAGGAGCGGUACAAGCGUCUUUAACUCGCCCAUUUCAAUCGAGAAAGUACGAGAUCGGACGUUUAAGAUGUCUCGCGUUUUGGUAACAGGUGCUUCGGGUUUUCUUGCAAGCCAUAUUGUGAGGCAGUUGCUUGAAGCAGGACAGCACAAGGUUCGUGGAACAGUUCGCAGUCUUGCAAACGAGAAGAAAGUGGCUCCUUUAAGACGACUCUGCCCUGAGUAUGCGAUAUAUGAACUGGAACUGGUCGAGGCAGACCUGAUGAACAAAGACUCCUGGCAGGAGGCUGUCAAAGACUGCACCUAUGUAAUUCAUGUAGCAUCACCCUUCCCAGCAGUGAAUCCAAGAGAUGAAAUGGAGGUUAUAGGACCUGCAGUGGAAGGAACUAAAAAUGUGCUUCAGGCAUGUGCUCAUACCCAGGGUGGAGUUAAAAGAGUCGUCUUGACAAGCUCUGUUGUUGCAAUUUAUGGAGGACGACUUGAUGAACAAACCAUAUUUACUGAGAAUGAUUGGGCUAAUGAGGAAGGAAGCACUCCUUAUGAAAAGAGCAAGACCCUUGCUGAGAAAGCUGCGUGGGAAUUACAGAAGAACUUACCAGAUGAUGAGAAGUUUGAUCUUUGUGUCAUUUGUCCUGGAUUCAUCUUAGGACCUGUUCUUCAAGGAUCAACCUGUACAAGCAUGGAGUUUCACAGACGUCUUCUUCAAAGAGAGGUGCCAAUGGUUCCCAGGCUUUCUUUUGCAAUUUGUGAUGUCAGAGAUGUAGCUGCAGCACAUAUAACUGCCAUGAUGUCACCAAAAGCUCCUGGUAACAGAUAUAUGGUCAUCACAAAAUCUAUGUGGAUAGAUGAAAUGGCAAAAAUUCUGGAUGAAGAAUUUAGGCCACUUGGAUACAAGGUGCCAACAAGAGUUGCCCCAAAGUUUGGGUUAAGAUUACUUGCUAUGUUUGAUGAUUCAGUUAAAAUGAUUCUACCUGCUGUUGGAAAAGAAAUCAGAAUGGAUAACUCAAAGAUCACUGAAGAUUUGGAUUUCAAGCCUAAAGAGUUAAGAAGCACUGUUAUAGACAUGGCUUACAGCCUCAUUGAUGCUGGUUUUAUCAAAAAGACAGCAAAAUAUCAGAAAUCAAAGGAAAAUUAGGAGUUUAAAGGAAGCUAAACAGUUAUUGUUUGAUGAGUUAAUACAAGUGCAAUUUUUUAAUUUGGAUUUUCAUAUCAUACUAGGAUAAAAAUUCCAUGCAGACUUGUUUAAUGCAUUGCCAAGCAAUCAACUAUUGAUAUGUAAAUUUGCAGUCAGCUACUAAAGAAAUGUAAAAUAGGCAUCACCAAACUCCUUUUAGCUAAAUUAUUAUAAUAAAACCUAUGGUUAUUUCUGAAAGAAAUAUGUCAAGAAAUUUCAAAGGAAAUAAAUUUAAAUUAACCACUACAA